GCAGAGACUCUACAAGUGAAUGAGAACUUCGUUCUACGGAACUGAGGUGAAGAACUUCACCAUGGGUCAACAAAUUUCAAACCACACACAAACUGUAAUUAACAAGUUGCCAGAAAAAGUAGCAAAGCAUGCCUCUUUGGUUCAAGAAAGUGGUUUCCUAACGUAUGAAGAGUUUCUGGGAAGAGUAGCUGAACUUAAUGAUGUUACUGCAAAAUUGGCUUCUGGACAAGACAAACAUCUGUUAUUUGAAGUGCAGCCUGGUUCUGAUUCUUCUGCUUUCUGGAAGGUGGUCGUUCGGAUUAUAUGCACUAAAAUAAAUAAAACAAGUGGCGUUGUGGAAGCUUCCAGAAUCUUGAACUUGUAUCAGUUUAUUCAACUUUAUAAAGACAUCACCAGUCAAGCAGCAGGAGUUCUUGCGCAGAGUGGUACUUCUGAAGAAGCUGCUGAGAGUCUGAUGUCUGUUUCAUCUUGUCAGGCCAGCUUCUGGAUGGGAAGGGUUAAACAGUUGACAGAUGAAGAGGAAUGUUGCAUCUGCAUGGAUGGGCGUGCUGAUUUAAUCUUACCAUGUACUCACAGUUUCUGCCAGAAAUGCAUUGAUAAAUGGAGUGAUCGUCACAGGAGCUGUCCUGUCUGCCGUCGGCAAGUGGCUGGAGCAAGCGAUUCUUGGGUGGUUUCAGAUGCACCUACUGAAGACGAUAUCGCUACUUACAUACUUAACAUGGUAGAUGAGGUUGGCCAGCCUCACAGACCCUGACACUGGCCACAAGCUGAUAAUAGCAGAAGCACUUGAAGCUUUCAUUUUCACAAACAUCUGUUUUUACCUCUCGUUGCUGUUCUUCCACAGUCUGUCUUUUGCUUCACUUCUUGGCUGCUGUGCAUCUACGCUGUUCUUUUAAAACACAGGGUAUAUGACCCACUGUAUGUGUGGGCAGUCUUAA